GACGACGACGCCCAUCACUGCCCUCCCUCACUCCCUCCGACCCCCCCUUCGGCAUUGAAAACGUGCUUGACCUCGGCUCCCCAGAACCCAAAAGGGACCGAACGCUCUUGUUUGAGAUGGUAUAGGGCCAUUCAGCAGCAACCUUUCCUACCACUGCCAUCAUUAUUAUUACCACAACCGUCGCAACGAUACCAUCUACACUCCAUCGUCACCCGCAUUUAGAUGCUGCAUCAGUUUUGAAUCAAUAAUAUCAUCGUCUCAUCUAUCGAACCUUUUUGCCCACGAACUUAUACCACGACACCACACCCACCAUCCACUCAACCUCAACCCCAAUUCACAAGCAACCAUGUCGAAGCCAGUCCUCCCCCAAAACGACAAUGUCGCCCACGCCCUCGCCGGUGCCGGCGGCGGUCUCCUCUCCAUGGCCCUGACCUACCCUCUCAUCACCCUCUCCACCCGAGCCCAAGUCGAAUCGAAGCGCGCCGACUCGGCCUUCCUCACGGCCGUCCAGAAGAUCGUGGCCCGCGAGGGCGUCUCGGGCCUCUACUCUGGUCUCGAAUCCGCCCUCUUCGGCAUCAGCGUCACCAACUUCGUCUACUACUACUGGUACGAGUGGACCCGCGCCUUCUUCGAAGCCGCCGCCGAGAAGGCCGGCCGCGCCAGCAAGAAGCUCACGACCGUCGAGUCCAUGAUCGCCGGCGCCAUCGCCGGCUCCGCGACCGUCAUCAUCACGAAUCCCAUCUGGGUCGUCAACACCCGCAUGACCACCCGCGGCGGCAAGGGCAAGGAGGCCAGCACCGCCGGCGACGAGGAGGCCCAGGCCGCGAAGCCCAAGAAGGCGCCCUCGACCAUCGGCACCCUCCUGGCGCUCCUCAAGAACGAGGGACCCCAGGCCCUCUUCAACGGCGUCAUCCCGGCGCUGGUGCUCGUCAUCAACCCCAUUUUGCAGUACACCCUCUUUGAGCAGAUGAAGAACACAGUCGAGAAGAAGAGGCGGGUCACGCCGACCAUUGCCUUCUUCCUCGGCGCCGCGGGCAAGCUGUUUGCGACCUCGGUCACGUACCCGUACAUCACGGUCAAGAGCCAGAUGCACGUCGCCGGCAACGGCGAGAAGAAGGAGGGCAUGUCCCAGGCCAUUAGCAGGGUCAUCCGCGAGGAGGGAUACGCUGGUCUCUACAAGGGUAUCGGCCCCAAGGUCACCCAGAGUGUGUUGACCGCCGCAUUGCUCUUUGCCUUCAAGGAUGUUCUCUACGAGCAGACCGUGAAGCUCAGGUCGAUUGCCGCCAAGAAGCGCGCGUAAAUUAACGUCACAUAAUAGCCCAUUUAAUUCCUGCCCUGCCCCGAGUCAAACUAUAUGACCUCGGACAGGUGCAGGGAUGGGACAUAUCAGCAUACAUAUGUAGACACAAGCAAGCUAGAGGCAACAGGUGCGCAUGUCAGCGUUAGCCGCUCAGCGUAUAUGCAAGCAAGCAGUCAUGUUUCAUGACGACACAAGAACCUGUAUUGAUUUUUAUGUGGGAAUAUCAACACGGGGGUAAAAAACGGGUUGGACGAAGCGUUGGACGCAUGGGAUAUACUUUGCAUUUAGGUAUCACAUGAUUCCCGGCAAAUUUGGAAAGGGGG